UAUUCUGCAUUAUGGAGCGGUAAGAAUAACUUUGGUUUUGGAUCAUGACUAGGCGAAAUUUCGUCCGUUUCGCUCUUUUCCUAUCUUUUUCCAUUUCGUUUCGGAACGGAAUAAAAAAUUUAUUUCGCAUGGCCCUGCUCCGGAUCUGUUGCUGGAUCCGAUAUCAAGAACAUCAACUAAAGAUCGAGAUUUUUGAAAAGCCUGGGCCUGUUCCUGGGUUCUAAGUUCGAUUUAUUGAGCUAGGCCGGAUCCUGGGCAUGUAGUGCAGGAAAAACCCAACCAUUGGUCCAGGCCCAGCUCGAUCUCUUUUAUCAAAUCACUGACAUUUUUCAAAACACAAUUUUUUUAUUUUUUAUUUUCAUUAAAAAAUAUUUUUAGGUCCCUUCCAAAAUUAUUUUUACUUUUCAUUUUUAUUUUUAAGACAGCAAUUGACACAUUCUCUUUACCAAUAUUUUCAUUCUCUUCAAAUUUCGUCAUUUUUAUUUAAAAGCUUUGCCUUUUAAACACUUCUAG